GCUCUUGUUUUUCCUGGUCAAGGCUCAGUUGAUUUUAAGCUUAUCAAUGAGCUUCUUGAAUUUGAUUCCAAAAGAGAGAACUUGAUUCGACCAUUGUUAAAUCAAGCUGAUGAGAUUUUGAAUGACAAAAAUUUCUCUUUGAAUAUUUUAAAUAAUGAUGAAAAUUCUCAGCAAUUUUUUCGGAGAACUUCGAAUGCUCAACCUGCUAUUUUUCUAUCAUCAAUUAUUAUUGAUUUAUUUUUAAAAAAUUAUUACCAUUUUAAUAUAGCUGAUGCUGUUGAUUAUUUUGUUGGACACUCUGUUGGUGAAUAUAUUUCACUAUAUUUCAAUCAAAUUUUAGAUAUGGAAAACUCUUUGAAAUUAGUUCAAAAACGAGGCAAAUUGAUGGAAGACAUUAUAAAAAAUCAAUAUGAUGAGAAUAUAGAAUUUAAAAUGUAUUCAUUGAUAAUUAAUCCCAAAAUUUUUAUAACUGUUUAUAAGUUUUUGGAUCAUUAUCAAUCAAAUGAACAGGUUCCGAUUAACGAGAGAAUAUAUAUUUCCAAUAUCAAUUCAUUUGCUCAAAUUGUGAUAGUUGGACCAUCAAAGUUGCUUCCAUCAUUUUUGAAUGAGCUACGUUCAAAUUUAAAAUUGAGUAAAAGUGGGUUUAGACCAUUUGAAGUGCCUGUAACUAUUCCAUUUCACUCCCCUUAUUUGAAAAAUGUUGACGUUGAGUUG